GUUUUUGAUUUGUUUCACUUCGUCAAAAAUUUUGAUUUAAGAUUAAUUUUUGUAACAUAUUGUUUUAGACAAUUUCAUGAAAAAUAUUACUAUUUUAUCUUGUCCAGUGUGCUGUUAGACUUGGUAAAGAGGACGGCCUCCCUGGGAGAGAGCAACUCAGUUCUGAUUAUAGGACCCCGCGGAGCAGGGAAAUCCAUGGUUCUCAGCAGUGUGUUAGAGGAGAUCAAUCAGCAGAAAGAUGUGAAGGAAAACUGUAUGCAGGUGACUUUAAAUGGUUACCUUCAAACAGACGACAGAAUAGCACUGAAAGAAAUCACCAGGCAGCUGCAUCUGGAAAACACGGUGGGAGACAAAGUUUUCGGCUCGUUUGCUGAAAACUUACAGUUCUUGUUGCAGGCCCUGAAGAGCGGAGGUCAGCAGAGCAAACCCAUCAUCUUCAUACUGGACGAAUUUGACUUGUUUGCACAUCAUCGCAAUCAAACUCUGUUAUACAAUCUGUUUGACAUAGCGCAGUCUGCCCAAGCUCCAAUCUGCGUCAUCGGUUUAACGUGUCGCCUAGAUGUGAUUGAACUUUUGGAGAAGCGUGUUAAGUCCAGAUUUUCUCAUCGCCAGAUAUAUAUCUUCAAUAAGCUGACAUUUGAGGAGUAUUUAAGGGUUUUUAAACUAUCUUUAUGUUUGCCAGUGGAUUUUGGAGAUUUAAAAUUUGUGCAGACUUGGAACAAGAAUGUUGAAUCACUUGUCAAAGAAGCCUCUUUGCUGGACGUGUUAAAAAGACAGUUUGCAACCAACAAAGACAUCAGGACCCUGAAAUCCCUUAUGACUGUCCCUGUUUGCCGUCUGAGCAGCUCUCACCCAAACCUGGAGGCCAGUGAUUUCAUCGACUCCUGUCGUUUACUCACACAAGAUUCCAAGUCUAAUAUUCUUCAUGGUGAGCUAUACAGCAGCUUUUUUGGACUGCUAUUUAUUCCUCGGCUUGUCCAUAAUUUUUAA